AUGGCGGCACUGGUGGACAUGAGUCGACCAACACUGGUCAGCGACGCAGACUUAUCCCAAGCGCGCGCCGCCCUCCAACACCAACAAACGCCCGAAGUCUCUGUGCCCCGAGAAUUCAUCUCACUAAUCGUAGACGAGCUGAUCUACCGCCGUGAAUCACACAGUGCAAUCGCCGAGGUCGAGCACGAAUGCUCCGCCCUCCGCAAUGAGCUCCGAAAAUCAACACACAUCAACGAAGCAUUCCACAAAGAGCUCCGCGCCAUCGGCGAGAUCGUCACCCAAGUAGCCCACGGCGACUUGUCCCAGCGCGCACGCAUGCACCCGCUCGAAAUGUCGCCCGAUAUCGCGGCCUUUAAGCAGACUAUCAACACCAUGAUGGAUCAGCUGCAGAUCUUCAGCCAGGAGGUAUCGAAGGUUGCGAGGGAAGUUGGCACGGAGGGCGUGUUGGGUGGUCAGGCGCGGAUCGAAGGUAUUCAGGGUAUUUGGCACGAGUUGACGGUUAAUGUUAAUGCCAUGGCGAAUAAUUUGACGACUCAGGUUCGCGAUAUCACGACUGUGACUACGGCCGUGGCGAAGGGAGAUCUGACGAGGAAGGUGCAAGCGGAUUGUAAAGGAGAGAUCCUGUUGCUGAAGAACAUUAUCAAUUCGAUGGUUGAUCAGCUGCGGGAGUUCGCUUUUGAGGUUAGUCGCGUUGCGCGGGAGGUCGGGUCGGAUGGGACACUUGGUGGUCAGGCGGUUGUUCAUGGCGUCGAGGGGACUUGGAAGAGUUUGACCGAUAAUGUGAAUAUCAUGGCUUCGAAUCUCACGCAGCAGGUGCGUGAGAUUGCGAAGGUCACGACGGCCGUUGCCCGUGGUAAUUUGACGAUGAAGGUCACUGCCGACGUGAAAGGGGAGAUCUUGGACUUGAAACUUACCAUUAACGCCAUGGUCGACCGACUUAAUCAAUUCGCUUUCGAGGUCAGCCGUGUGGCGCGGGAAGUGGGAACGGACGGCACACUGGGUGGUCAGGCCCAGGUCGAGAACGUCGAGGGUAGAUGGCGCGACCUCACGGAUAAUGUUAAUACCAUGGCGCAAAAUCUCACGUUGCAGGUUAGACAGAUUUCAAACGUGACACAAGCAAUCGCCCGCGGAGAUUUGAGUACCAAGAUCGAGGUUCAUGCCCAGGGUGAAAUCUUGACAUUGAAAGAGACAAUUAACAGCAUGGUUGAUGGCCUCGGCCAAUUCGCGAGGGAGUUGAAAGUCGUGGCGAGAGAUGUGGGUGUUAGAGGAAAACUUGGUGGUCAGGCCAAUGUCGAAGGUUCCCUUGGUAUUUGGAGAUCUAUCAGCGAAGACGUCAAUACCAUGGCAGACAACCUCACCUCGCAAGUCCGAGCCUUUGGAGAGAUCACAGAAGCAGCGAUGAGUGGUGAUUUCACAAAGUUGAUUACCGUAUCAGCCUCGGGUGAAAUGGAUGAUCUCAAACAGAAGAUCAAUAAGAUGAUCAACAGUUUGCGUGACAGCAUUCAACGGAACCAGGCAGCCCGUGAAGCCGCGGAGCUGGCGAAUCGCAGUAAAUCAGAGUUCCUUGCAAAUAUGAGUCACGAGAUCCGAACUCCGAUGAAUGGCAUUAUUGGUCUCUCCAGUCUGGCUCUCGAUACGGAUGACCUCCAGGCCCCUGUUAGAGAGACCUUGGAUAUGGUGCACAACCUUGCCAUAAGUUUGUUGACCAUCAUCGAUGACAUUCUUGAUAUAUCAAAAAUCGAGGCCAACCACAUGAAUAUUGAGAAGAUGCCUUUCAGUCUUGGCUCCACCGUGUUCGGCGUACUAAAAGCCCUGACAGUGGAGACUAAUGAAAAGGCAUUGAGCUUGGCGUGCAUUGUUGAUGGAAACGUGCCCGAUUAUCUUCUUGGCGAUGCUUAUCGGCUUCGCCAAGUAAUGUUGAACUUGGUUGGCAAUGCAAUCAAGUUCACUGACCACGGAGAGAUCAAGGUGUGCGUUAGGCGUGUUGAGAACCAUCAACUCCAGUCAGACGAGGCUAUGUUCGAGUUCUCGGUUGCAGACCCAGGCAUCGGAAUCGAGGAGAGCAAGCUUGGUCUCAUCUUCGAUAAAUUCCAGCAAGCGGAUGGCUCGAUGACUCGACGUUUCGGAGGAACAGGACUAGGACUUGCAAUUUCUAAGCGCCUUGUUUCUCUAAUGGGUGGUGAUAUCUGGGUCACGUCAACGCUAGGUCAGGGCAGCAAGUUUUCCUUCACGUGCCGGGUCAAGGUUGCCGAACAACCAGCCGGAUUUGCAGAGCAACUACUUCCUUACAAAAAUCGACGAGUCUUAUGCGUUGACGAUGGCCAACUGCCAGACUUCCCCGCUGCUCAGAUGCUAUCUGAACUCGGCCUCCAACCAGUGAUCAUCCCUGAUUCCCAACUCCCAGGCCAGCCAGGAGCAGACUGGAACUGCGCCAUCGAUGCAAUCAUCGUAUCAACCGUCAACACAGCAAUGAAAAUCCGCAUCUGCUCAAAUCUUUCCUCAAUUCCCCUAACAAUCAUGGCACCCGCCAUCUCAAUUCUUCUCAAAUCAGCCGGAGAGCUCGGCAUCGCCUCCUACAUAACCACCCCCUGCCGACCGAUAGAUCUCUGGAACGGAAUCCUUCCCGCCCUGGGUAAUCGCGCCAGCCGCAUUUCAUCAGGAUUCACCCGAUCCCUAGCAAUCCUCCUCGCCGAAGACAAUGACGUCAACCAAAAGGUCGCCGUCCGAAUCCUACAAAAGGACAACCACAACGUGACAGUCGUCGAAAACGGCUUACAAGCCGUCAAAGAGGUCAAGCGCCACCGGUACGACGUUAUCCUCAUGGACAUUCAAAUGCCCGUUAUGGGCGGGUUCGAAGCAACGAACAAAAUCAGACAAUACGAGAAAGUGAACUCGUUAUCACGUACGCCUAUUAUUGCCCUCACGGCCCACGCCAUGAUGGGCGACAGGGAUAAGUGUCUUUCGGCGGGCAUGGAUGAUUAUCUCUCCAAACCGUUGAACGGGAAUAUUAUGAUGCAGACGAUUCUCAAGUGUGCAGCCAUGAACAUCGCAUCUCUGCCUGCACAAGCGGCCGAGUCAUCAUAA